AUGCGGGGAGGAGGGCGAGACUGGCGGCGCGGGACGCGCAGCUUUCCUCCUGCUGCUGCUGCUGCUGCUGCUGCUGCUGCUGCUGCGGCGGUGCGGGGGGGCUGCGGACGCAGCAGCAGCAGCAGCGGCAGCGGCAGAGGCAGUGGUGGGGUGAGGGCAGCAGCCGAUGCGGGCGAGCGCGGGGGCAGCGGGUUCGCGGGGAGCAGCAGCAGCGCUGCAGCAAUUACUCCUGCAGCAGCAGCAGCAGCAGCAGCAGCAGCAGCAGCAGCAGGUUCGCAGCACGCAACCCGGACUGCUGCUGCUGCUGCUGCUGCUGCUGCUGCAGCAGCAGCAGCAAUCACAGCAGCAGCUGCAGCAGCAGAUACUUUUCUACCGAUUGUUUUGUUUUGCUUGGGGGGCGGCGUGGUUGCUGUGGCUGCGGGGCCUACUGGGAAGCAGCUGCAGCAGCAGCGGCUGCUGCUGCUGCUGCAUUCCGUAGGCCCUACAGCAGCAGCAGCAGCAGCUGCUGCUGCUGCUGCUGCGUCACCUUGGCAGUGA